AUGGCAUUUCUCUUCUUGGCCGCUAUCUUCAUUCUUCUGGAAUGGCUCGCUUGCGAGCAUGACCUCUUCUCGCCCGCUUUGGUCCCUGCAGCUGGUCUGCAUACCGCCCCAACUUCGCCUUCCUCUUCACUCUCCGCCUCUGCCCCAGCUGGUCCGGUCGUAUCGCCAUCGCCAUCCCUGCCGCGUCGAGAGCGCCGGACUCUCGCUCGGUCACGGUCCCGGUCUCCGCAUGCAAUUCCUGCAUGGGCGCACCCUGACUCCCUUCUUUCUCCUUCUCGGCACCGCCCUGCCGAGGGCAAGUACGAUACCUUCCUGGACGUCAGGUCCACUGAGGCCUUUGGCCAAAUGGAAAGAGUUUGGGAUCCGGUGUCGGGUUGGAAGUGGGCUGCGGUCCGUGGUGAAAGAUUCGCCGCAAGGAGGAUUUCUCCUCUGAAUUCUCCUCCUCCUUCCCCUGUGGUCACGUCACCUUCGCCUCCAAUCGUGGUUCUUCCUGCGCUUGUUGCCGCUUCCGCAUCUGUGGUCAUUUCGGCUCUGCCAGCACCUGCGCCAGCACCCGUCAUCGUCUCUCCGGCACCUCGCUCGGUCAUCUCCAUCCUGGCUAGCAUCCCUUCUCUGCCCCAGGGGCUUACACACGUCUUUCCACUUCCGAUUGCAGCACCACUGUCACAGCUACGGCCUCUUUUUAGUGGAAUGCUACCGGCGACUCCUGCUAACUAUGCUUCGGGCUCACUGGCUAUGGUGCUGCCCGACUUCACACCUUCGCUUUCGACGCCCCUGGCUCCUCCCCCUUCAACCUCCUUUCCAGUUGGGGCUUAUGUUCAGCCCCAGGCUAAUGAACAUUCUGGAUUCGUCACCCCGCUUCCUACUUCUUCCUCCUCUUCUUUCGCCUUCGGUGGUCUCGGCGGUGUUUUCGUUGCCCCCGUUCCUUCGUUCGUUGGUGCCUUUGAUGCCAAGUUCAACUUUGCGGCACCCUCCUCUUCUGCCCCUCGUCGUCGCGGUGAUCGACGAGGAAACAUCAUCUACAAAAAAGUCGAUGACCUUCGCAUCGAGGACGACAGAGAAGACGACGAUUCUCUCGACGAGAAAUAUUACGACGCUGGGCUGGUCACCUAUGACCUCGUCAUGGGAGUCGAUCUCUCAACCGUGAGCACGUGUGGGCUCGAGAAGAUCAUUGGGUGCAUCUCCGGCUCCACCCUCUCCUCCUUCGAGACGAAUCUUCGUCAGAAGGAGAACGGACUUCGCUGCUUCGCUAACCUCCUGCGUUGGCAAUGCGGAUCCCCUCGACCGCAGCCCCCUGGUGGGACUCCGGUCCUUGGCCAACUCAUCACCGUGCUGGCACGUGUCGAUGGGUUGGUAGUGGAUUUUGUAGCUGACAAUGGAGGCCAGCAGCAGCAGUUCGUUGGGGCGACUUCUUCAAGUGGGUGCGAGCGUGGCGCUACUUCGAGAAAUAUGGCUGGCAGGCUUACAAGGUGA